CCGAGUCCGGCCCCUUCCUUCCCGCGCUCUUUCGCCCGCCCCCCAGCCCCCUCAUGAGGGUGUCCAUGCCGGGUCCGGCGGCCGGCCGCGAGCCCUCGACGCCCGGCGGGGGCGGCGGAGACGCGGUCGCUGCCGCCUCAGGCGCCGCGGUGCCUGGCUCGGUGCAGUUGGCGCUGAGCAUCCUGCACGCCCUGCUCUACGCCGCGCUCUUCGCCUUUGCCUACCUGCAGCUGUGGCGGCUGCUCCUGUACCGCGAGCGGCGGCUGAGUUACCAGAGCCUCUGUCUCUUCCUCUGUCUCCUGUGGGCAGCGCUCAGGACCACCCUCUUCUCCGCCGCCUUCUCGCUUAGCGGCUCCUUGCCCCUGCUCCGGCCGCCCGCUCACCUGCACUUCUUCCCCCACUGGCUGCUCUACUGCUUCCCCUCCUGUCUCCAGUUCUCCACGCUCUGUCUCCUCAACCUCUACCUGGCGGAGGUUAUAUGUAAAGUCAGAUGUGCAACUGAACUUGACAAACACAAAAUUCUGUUGCAUUUGGGCUUUAUAUUGGCAAGCCUUCUCUUUUUAGUGGUGAACUUGACUUGCGCAAUGUUAGUCCAUGGAGAUAUCCCAGAAAAUCAGUUGAAAUGGACUGUGUUUGUUCGAGCAUUAAUUAAUGAUAGCCUGUUUAUUCUUUGUGCCAUCUCUUUAGUUAGUUACAUAUGCAAAAUUACAAAAAUGUCAUCAGCAAAUGUCUACCUCGAAUCAAAGGGUAUGUCUCUAUGCCAGACUGUUGUCGUAGGCUCUGUGGUCAUUCUUCUGUACUCUUCAAGAGCAUGUUAUAAUUUGGUGGUGAUCAUCAUUUCUCAGGAUACAUUAGAAAGUCCAUUUAAUUACGGCUGGGAUAAUCUUUCAGAUAAGGCUCAUGUAAAAGACAUAAGUGGAGAAGAGUAUAUUGUAUUUGGAAUGGUCCUCUUUCUGUGGGAACAUGUGCCAGCGUGGUCAGUGGUACUGUUUUUCCGGGCACAGAGAUUAAACCAGAAUUUGGCACCUGCUGGCAUGAUAAACAGUCACAGUUAUAGUUCCAGAGCAUACUUCUUCGACAAUCCGAGACGAUAUGAUAGUGAUGAUGACUUGCCAAGACUGGGAAGUUCAAGAGAAGGAAGUUUAUCAAAUUCACAAGGUUUGGGCUGGUACGGCACCAUGACUGGCUGUGGCAGCAGCAGUUACACAGUCUCUCCCCACCUGAAUGGACCUCUGACAGACACUGCUCCUUUGCUCUUUACUUGUAGUAACUUAGAUAUGAACAGUCACCAUAGCUUAUACGUAACACCACAAAACUGAUGACAUUACCAAGCUGUGAUUCUUCAAUCAUUUUUCAUGAAUGUGUAUAUUCAGUGUGUUUAAAUUCCAUCUGCAUAAACAUUCCAUUAUCCGUUACAACUGAAAACAAAGCCUGGAAAUGUGGCUGAGUCCAGUGGAGGACACAGCUGUUACUUUUGACCUCGUCCUGGUAAAAUGAAGUACAAUGGAAAAUUUGGAGCCAGAGAAAAGAAGGAUUAGAUCUUAAGGGACUUGAUGGCCUCCAAACAUCCUGACUGUGGAAUAUCAAACGCAUAUUUGCACUUUUAUCUUUGUUCUGAAAGAGUACACUGCGGUCCCCAAAGUCAUACCCAGUGUUCACACUGGGAUGUUAUGUUGUACAUCAAAUCAGGAGGCAGUUUCCCUACAAAAAUCAAAGCCUGUAUAUUCAGCAGUGUACUCCAUGUGGAAUUCUUACCCAAUAAAGUUUAUAGUGUGAACAGUGCACAGAAUGAAGGCAUAAAAAUGUAUCAUUCUUUUGAAAGAUCUAUUGAAAAUAUGUAAUCAUUGAAGAUAGUUCUUUUAAGCAUGAUUGUACAGUACUAACUGAAAUUAUUCAAACAAUCAUUUUAAAGAAAUUAUACUAGUAAUCCUUUACAGGGAGGACCAGCAGUGUUCUUUGGAAAGCCACAGUCAUUUCUUCAAGAGCAAAGAAUACUAAUCAAAAUUAUGUGGCUACUUUGAGAAUUGGUCAAGUGAUUAUUCUGUAUGGUUAAGAUAAUGCAGUAGUUUAAGCAUGAUUCUUCAAGAAAACAACAGCAAUUUUUGUGUAGGGAGAUAUUGAUAGAAACUUCUUAGGACUGAAGUUUACAGAUGCAUUUAAGAAUUAUUCAGAAAAUAUACAAUUCUAAGUUAAAACAUGAAUACAUUUUCAAAGGCAUUCAAUUAGCUGAAAUAAAAGAGCAAAUCUUACCUAUUAUUCCUAUGAAUCAGGAUUAUCCUCAGGUAAAUUAAAUCAUGAUGUGUUAUUGCAGUGAACUCAAGUGCAAUACUUUAUAAUACAUAUAAUUCUUCCUUUAGUUUUCAUUUUUAUAUCUUGCAUAUGGGCAAAGCCAAAUUAAAUUUAAUUCAAAUUAAUUCCAGCACUAGACUAAAUGAACAACUUAUGUGAAGGUACUAACUAGGUAAGUAUAAAAACCAGUGGUUAACAUUAUUGGAGUACUUUUAGAAUUACAUUAAAACUGUCUUGAACGUCCUAUCUUAGAUCUAAAA